CUCUUGUCACAAACUAAUCUUCAUUUUUCUGCAAUGCCGGUGUUGAUUGGCAUCCCAAUUUGCGUUAUGAACAAAAUCUAAUUGCCUGUGGAGACUUGCCUCGCUUUGUAAUGGACUCUAAUGAGGAGGCCCAGGGCCCACCGCGGUUAUUCCUUCUGGACAAUCUUAGCAUCCCAAUUGGUUUCUAAUAGGUUCGAUGUUGCGGGAGCAGGAGCAUGUUAUACUGAUCCAUCGUUCUUCAAGAUAGAAGCAACAUCAUUUUUAAUCACAACUGUAGAGAUUCAGCGAGAAAAGAAGAACCGCAAAGUGAAGUGGAAUGUAGAGACCACCCCAGAAGUUGUACCAACGUCACAUACAAAAUCUCACGAGUUGUUCCUUGAGGAACAUAUGACCCUGCACGUCUGUUCGCUACUAGAACAGAUACGAACUAAGUCCUUCAACUUGAAGCCUGCUGCCGCGACAAGGCCCUGCAUUCCAGGUCCUACUCCUAAAACCAACUUGAAGGUUGCUGCAAUAUUGGAGAAAGCAAAUGCAAUUCGUCAAGUUCUCUCUCUCUCACUCUUCCUCUCUGUUUGCCUUCCUCUUUCUCCUAGUUGUAAACUAAAGAAUAAAACAGAAAAUUUAGAUACAUUUAAAGAUUAA